GGGGGGGGGCAGGCGGGGGGGCCCGUCCCGUCCCGCCGCUGCCGGCCCCGCCGAGCCAUAAAGCCCAUGGGGAGCCGGCGGCGGCCGGGCUGAGCGAGGCCGGGACCCCGGGUGCCCUGGGGCCCUCCCCGAGCAAGAUGACAUCUGCCACCAAGGUGUACUACAGCCAGACCACGCAGACCGACAGCCGCCCGCUCAUCGGCUCGGGGCUGCGCCGGCGCCGGGUGAUGACCAAGGAUGGCCGCAGCAAUGUGCGGAUGGAGCACAUCGCCGACAAGCGCUUCCUGUACCUCAAGGACCUGUGGACCACCUUCAUCGACAUGCAGUGGCGGUACAAGCUGGUCCUCUUCUCCGCCACCUUUGCCGGCACCUGGUUCGCCUUUGGUGUCAUCUGGUACCUGGUGGCUGUGGUCCACGGGGACCUGCUGGAGUUCGACCCACCGGCCAACCACACGCCGUGCGUCAUGCAGGUGCACACCCUCACCGGCGCCUUCCUCUUCUCCCUGGAGUCCCAGACCACCAUUGGCUAUGGCUUCCGCUACAUCAGCGAGGAGUGUCCCCUCGCCAUCGUCCUGCUCAUCACCCAGCUGGUCCUCACCACCAUCAUGGAGAUCUUCAUCACUGGCACCUUCCUGGCCAAGAUCGCCCGGCCCAAGAAACGCGCUGAGACCAUCAAGUUCAGCCAGAAUGCGGUGGUGGCCCAACACAAUGGCAAGACCUGCCUGAUGAUCCGCGUGGCCAACAUGCGCAAGAGCCUCCUCAUUGGCUGCCAGGUGACGGGCAAGCUCCUGCAGACCCAUCUCACCAAGGAGGGCGAGAGCGUCCGCCUCAACCAGGUCAACGUGGACUUUCAGGUGGACACCUCCUCCGACAGCCCCUUCCUCAUCCUGCCCCUCACCUUCUACCACGUGGUGGAUGACGCCAGCCCCUUCCGGGACAUGGCCCUACGGACGGGUGAAGGCGACUUUGAGCUGGUGGUCAUCCUCAGUGGCACGGUGGAGUCCACCAGCGCCACGUGCCAGGUCCGCACCUCCUACCUGCCCGAGGAGAUCCUCUGGGGCUACGAGUUCACCCCGGCCAUCUCCCUCUCAGCCAGCGGCAAGUACGUGGCCGACUUCAGCCUCUUCGACCAGGUGGUGAAGGUGACGGCGCCCUGUUGUCUCCACGAGACCGUCCGGUUUGGGGACCCCGAGAAGGUGAAGCUGGAGGAGUCGCUGCGGGAGGCAGCGGAGCGGGAGCGGGAGGGAGCACCCCUGAGUGUCCGCAUCAGCAAUGUUUGAGUGCCCACCAGCAUGCCGCCAGCACCACCAGAGGUGCCACCAGGGCCCAGGGGUGCCACCAGCCCCGGAGGUGCCACCCACCCUGGAGGUGCUACCGGCUCUUCCCCCAUCCCAUCCUCCUGGGCCAUUUUCCUCGUGGCACGGGGCAGCUCCCUCGGGGAGCCCUGUGGGUGCUUGCCCACCCGCAGGUGGCUGUCUGUCCCCCCAGCCGCCCACCUGGGGACAGGGCUGUCCUUGUGCCCCCUCACCUCAUGCUCUAACACCAGCCAGAGACCCCCAGCCCCGCUGCAGGACACAAUCCUGCCUGGAGAUGCUGUCCUAGGGGGCCCACGGCCACCCCCAGCCCCCACUUCUCGCCAGCCGGGAGCUGUCCCGCUGCCCGAUCCCACCCUGGUGGGCUGGAGCCGAGACCCGAGCCGCUCACUGCACACUUGGGCUGGGGAGCGGGAGGCUCUGACCUCGGGGGACCUCUCCCCUUGCUCAUGGGACCCCCCCAUCCCUGGGAAGGCUCAGGCCAGGGAUGCCAACCCCCUCCCCAGCCAUCCGCCCCUGGCACCCUCCCCCCAGCACCCAAACCACCGGGGGCCACGGGGGCACCCCCAUGUCCAGGGUCACCGCACACUCAACAAGGGAAACUGAGGCAGGAGAAGCCCCCCCACCCCCCUGUCCUCCACACCCCCCACCCCCCAGAGCCAGGCCCUCCUCCCUGCGCUGACCCCCUGCUCCAGGCCGUGGCGGGGGGCGGGGGGGGGGUCGCACCGGGGCGUCACCGAUAAUCGGACACGGCUGCGGUGCUGCGUCCCCCCCGGGCCGGGCGUCCCCCCAGCCCCACUCGAGCCCGUCGCUGCUGCUAACAUAGAGCUCUGCUAUUAACGCGCGGCCCCGGCUGCCCCCCCUCACUGUGCUGAGGCCAGGUGAUACAUACACAUACAUAUAUAUAUAUAUAGUGCGACUAAUCUAUAUAUAUAUAACGGGGAAGGAAGGUUCCCCCCCCCGGAAAGACUGGCUCGAGUCCCGCUGUCGCCACGGUGCUGCGGGGGUCUCAUCCUCAAUUUGGGGGGAGAAAAGGCGAAGCAGUUACUAAAUAAAGGUUACGUUGAUGGUGGGGAAGGGCUCUGCUGCCUGCGCCAGCGCCGCGGGGGCUCUGUGUCACCCCAGGGUCCCCUCAGCCCCCAGCAGCAGGUGGGGGGGGGGCAGAGCCGUCCCCAGCCUGUGCUCCCCCCCAGCAAAGGGCACCAGGUGCUUGGUACAAAGACACAGGUUUAUUUCCAGCAGCAACUACCCGCAGCCGUCACCCCGCGGGGCUCAGUCCGGUCCCCCCCCCGCCCCCAUACUGGGUGGCAACUGGGACCACUGGGCAGCUGGGGUUGGCACUGGGGGGAGAUGUGCUCCCACCCCCCCGGGAACGGCCAGGGGGUGUAGGGUUAUACCAGCCCCCAUUGCAAAC